AUGUAUAAUACUUAUGAUAUCUCCUUUCCUUGUAUCCGUUUGUUUCCUUCCCUAGAACUAUGUGAGCAUCAUGUACGGUUAUGCACAUGUCGAUCUGCUGGCGCCGCCCGUCGUGAAUUAGCUGUGUUCCGUACCUGCAGCGGCACUCUUCGUUUAAAGACCAUAAACCACAAACAAGGCACCACCGUUAAACAGUGCGCAUGUCUUGACAAGCAGAACAACAAACUGAAAACUGCUUUUGGUAUCAUUUAUAUUGCUGUUAAAGUUAAUUAUGAGUUGAAUUUUAAAGUAAAAUUAUUUUAA